CCGCCUCCGCUCCCUCCACCUCUCUCUCUCUCUCUCUCUCUCUCUCUCUCUCUGCUUCCAUUGCUGAAGGUUCUGUGGCAUCCAACGACCAUCGUGAAGGCACUCCGCCGGCCAUGGGGACGCAAGCACCCGAGAACUACGCACCUGCCAACUCGCAGGAUGGAAGGAGCGCGCAGGAGAAGUCGAUCGAGAAUUGGCUUCCGAUCAACUCGUCGAGGAACGCCAAGUGGUGGUACUCCGCCUUCCACAAUGUCACCGCCAUGGUCGGCGCCGGCGUGCUCGGCCUUCCCUACGCCAUGUCUGAGCUCGGCUGGGGCCCCGGCAUCGCGGUGCUGAUCUUGUCAUGGAUCAUCACGCUGUACACGCUGUGGCAGAUGGUGGAGAUGCACGAGAUGGUGCCGGGCAAGCGGUUCGACCGGUACCACGAGCUCGGGCAGCACGCGUUCGGCGAGAAGCUGGGGCUAUGGAUCGUCGUGCCGCAGCAGCUGGUGGUGGAGGUCGGCGUGAAUAUCGUCUACAUGGUCACCGGCGGCAACUCCUUGAAGAAGUUCCACGACGUGAUCUGCGACGACAAGUGCAAGAACAUCAAGCUCACCUACUUCAUCAUGAUCUUCGCCUCCGUCCACUUUGUCCUCUCCCAGCUCCCCGACUUCAACUCCAUCUCCGGCGUCUCCCUCGCCGCCGCCGUCAUGUCACUCAGUUACUCCACAAUCGCGUGGGGCACAUCGGUGGACAAGGGGAAGCUGGCCGCCGUGGACUACAGCCUGCGCGCGACCACGACGCCGGGGAAGGUGUUCGGCUUCUUCGGGGCGCUAGGGAACGUGGCGUUCGCGUAUGCGGGGCACAACGUGGUGCUGGAGAUCCAGGCAACCAUCCCGUCGACGCCGGAGAAGCCUUCCAAGAAGCCCAUGUGGAGGGGCGUCGUCGUCGCCUACAUCGUCGUCGCGUUGUGCUACUUCCCCGUCUCGCUCGUCGGGUAUUGGGCCUUCGGCAACCAAGUCGAUGACGACAUCCUCGUCACACUCUCCAAGCCCAGGUGGCUCAUCGCCGUCGCCAACAUGAUGGUCGUCAUCCAUGUCAUUGGCAGCUACCAGAUUUACGCGAUGCCGGUGUUCGACAUGAUAGAGACGGUGCUGGUGAAGAAGUUACGCCUUCCUCCAGGCCUGACGCUCCGUCUGAUUUCCCGGAGUGUCUAUGUUGCGUUCACAAUGUUCGUAGCCAUCACUUUCCCCUUCUUCGAUGGAUUGCUCAGUUUCUUCGGUGGAUUCGCCUUCGCACCGACAACUUAUUUCCUUCCCUGCAUCAUGUGGCUUGCAAUCUACAAGCCCAAAAGGUUCAGCCUCUCGUGGUUCACCAACUGGAUCUGCAUUGUUAUUGGAGUUCUGCUGAUGGUACUGGCGCCGAUUGGAGGACUUCGGAACAUCGUCAUAAAAGCCAAGACAUACAAAUUCUACCAGUAAAUAUGAUUAACUCAAUGCAAACCCCUGUUUCAAGCCAUAAUUUACGGACUCGAGACAUGUCUUGGACCAUCGUCAGCUGAAACAAGUUUUGAAUUUGAUAUCAUGAAUUCCCAUUUUUUGGCACGAACAGAAAACUUGCAUUAGACGCUGUAAUUGGUUCCUUGCAUGGUCAUUGGUCAGAAGACAAUGACGUCGAUGAGACAUCAAAAUGAUCCAAUGCAAGAAACCGAUUACAGCGUCUAUUGCGAGUUUUUUUAUCGUGCCAAAUUUUUUUGGGAAUGCCAUGGUAUGAAAUUCAAAACCUGUCCCAGCUGAUGACGGUCCCGACAUGUGGUGGUUUUGUUAAUUAAGGUAAACUAGGAGUUUGUUUGAGCUAAUCAUGUAUGUGUGUGUGUGUGUGAGGGAGUUGUGAAGCAUUUCCCAUUCUAGGGCAAAGUUGGGUUCUGUGUGCAUGACAGAAUGAAUGCUGGUGGUUUGUAUUUCUUUGAUCCACAGUUCACUGUGUUUUGGAGCUGGGACUUUGAAAGAGUAGCUAGGUUAUAUGAUGUUUGGAACUUA